AUUUGACACAUAUCUCAGAACGGCACGAAAGGCUGGUGGAAAAUCCGAGAGGAUAACGUAAACUCGUCGUCAGUAGUGUUCUUAUUCUCGCGGCGCGGAGUAGCUUCUCUUGAUUGCAGUGCGUGAAGUUGUUAUGCUUGGUAUCGAUACGCUGUUAUCAGAAGAGCCAGUGCUGUAUGAUAAGAGGAGCUUCCUGGUUGGGUGUUGCUUUGUGGUACCGAGAGCAGCAAAAGGAAGCCUGAGCUUUUUCUUGGAAGGAUUUGGUGCUGUUCCAAGAAUUUGGUGUUGAGUUGGUGCGAAAGCGAAAACAAGAUUCAGUGUCUUUGAAAGGUUACGAGAAUUUCUCGUUUCGAAAGAGGAAGAAUGAGUGUCAGUAUAUCGUCGUUAUCACGAGUGUCCACUUUAGCUUUGUGCCAGUGUGCCAGCAGUGCAGCAGGAACCGUUAUUCCUGUGACUUCAACUGCGGUUUCCAUCAAAGGUUUUCAUGGGUAUAGUCGGUCAUUACCCAGGAAGAAUUUAUACACAGCAAAGCACAGAAAAAACACAAGCACCAGUAGGUCCUCUUGUGGGAGUAGUUAUGACAUCUUCAAUGCUACCAACAGCAGCCUCUCGGUGAUAUCAUCUAGAAUGAGCAGCGCCCAGCGUUGGUAUACGCAGGCAGCAUCGACGCUGACACGCGAGCAGCUUCACGAUCUGGUCUAUCGUCUCAACGAAGAUGAAAGGGAAUUGCUGAUGAACACGUUGAAACAGUUCGAGUCCAACAAACAGAAGGCUCAGUUUGAAGCAGGACAGUUGGCGGCAACGGCAUGGCGGAGUAGGUUUGGUCGCCCUUCGAAGCUGCAGCCCGCGCUCGGCGAUGUAGAUCCUACUGGUUCCUAUUGUGCGGUACCGGAAGAUUGGCUGCGGAAAAAGUUCGCGGAUACCGUGCCGGCGCCACCGACGGCGGACCUGAUGAAAUUGGGACUAAUAAAUUCGCUGCCGUUCAUCGGAUUUGGUUUUCUUGACAAUUUCACCAUGAUUAUAGCGGGAGAUUACAUCGAGCACACUCUCGGUCUGUUCAUGUGCAUCUCGACGAUGGCAGCGGCCGCCCUGGGGAACACAAUCAGCGACGUGAUUGGCAUCGGUUCGGCUUUCUACGUUGAAAAGCUGGCCGAAAUGAUUGGCGUGAGGCCACCCAAGAUGACACCACUUCAGCUGGAACUGAAAACCAGCCGACGGGCAGCGAAUAUGGGACGCGUGGUCGGUAUCACUAUCGGGUGUCUGCUUGGGAUGUGUCCACUCCUCUUCCGGGACGACGAAGAGGAUGAUGCGAAAAAAGAAAAGAACGCUGCUGUGAAUGUGGAAAAAGCAAAGCUGGAGGAAAAGGGGGAUAAGUAGAAUGCUUCAUUCGUUAGUACUCGGCCAAAUCAGGGUAACUGUUUUCAUGCUUUUACUAAUUUUAAGAAUAUUAAACGUUCCGAUGCCACUCGUUGAUUUUAGUUGUGUUAGGUUUUAACGAAAUGACCAUAUUUAUAUGUUCGAGUUUUCUACUCCGCGUGUGAUCGUCCUGUGCUCGACAGAAAGAUUGAUCGUUACCUCUUCUCGAUACUAGUCCAUUACAGCUAACAAGAUAUAUUAAACGUACUUAGCAAAGUUUGAGUUUGAUAGCGAAACAGAUUUCAUACUUAAUAGUGUUUGAGGGUUGCAAUAUAAUCAAAACGGACACGCUUCGGAGACUUGUAUUUGAAGUGGUGCAUUACGAGCCGUUUCUGGAAUCUUUUUAAUUCGUUUAAUAAAUUUUUAAUGCGUGCUUUUUCAUUGAUACUAAUAUUUUUUUUUUAAUUUAUGGUUGUUAUAGUCUAUGAGAUAUACAUUUUAAUGAUGCCUACCGAACAAAAGGCCGGUAAACUAUGUUUAUUAUAAUAAACAUAAUCAAAAUUACUACUUACGGCAUAUAAAAUGAUUUGGUCUUGUUUUCAUACAUUAGAAAUCAAUCGACUUGAGAAUGAUAAUAUUAGAUAAAAAGAAAUAUGGGUCCACCUGAGCGCAGAGUCGAGUAUAAUAUUCAGACACGAUAAUAGAUAUACCUUUUAAGGAAAGAAAAAAAUCAUAACUAUUCGUAGAUUGGGAGUAGCCUGAAAGUCCGUUCCGUCAAAUCCUGCUUCCAAUAGUCUAGUGUAAGUAUUUCGUAUAAAUCGGGAACAGAAACCAAACUGCGAAGUACGGUCGAAUCCGCACUCCCAGACAAGAUCUAGAAGCUUAUCGCGAAGUAAAAGUGUAUGAAAACACAACGCUCAUAACCAUUUUUCCCCAUCAUGAAUAUAUUAGCGGCUUAUAAAAAGCAACAACUCCGAUUACCUCUGUAGCAAAAAAUAAAGCACACCACACUUUCGAAACGAUCCAAAAAUCUUUUCCCCCCACUAAUGGACGAAAAGAAAUUCGCAAUUACACUACUACCGAUUGAACUUGUUUUCGCCAACAAUAAUGCCUGGAAUGAAAAUGAAGAAGCAGAUCAAAACUGAAUUUACUCCAUCCAUUUCGCGUACACAAGAGAUGUACAAGAAAUUCUAAACAUGAAAAGAAAAAAAACUUUUUCCUGUUCUUAUAUCACCCUGCCUUACGAUGAAAUGAAACUUUCUGAUGCUUUCCAACCGUAGAGAUAACAAAACAAAGAUUGAAUAUAGUAAGAAGCAAUGAAAAAAAAACAAUUAUAUGUCGAAGAUAAUAGAACAUAAACUUGUACCGUAUAACUCGUAUUCGUGUUUUUUUCUGCAAAAAAAAGCUCGUUAAACAACUUCCAAUGUUCAGAAAUCAAAUGUUUGUCGAAAGUUGUAACAAAUCGCAGAAUCAUUCAGUAAUCUCUAGCUAAUGAUCUAUAAUGUAGUCUAAUAACAAACAUCGAUGGACAGAGUAGUAUUUAACAAUGAAAAAAGAUCACUUCUACUAUAAGUACUUGAACGGUUCUUCCAUGACAAAGUAGUAACAAUAGCAGCAAUUUCCUAUCACACAGAAUUAACCAAGCGAACGAAGCAUGCACACCAUUUAGAAUCAAAAAUGCGUGUUCAUUUUUGAAGAAAUGAAAAAUCUUUGUCACAAGCGAGUCGCGUUAGUUACAGUAGAGCCAAAUAUAGGUACGAUAAAAGUAUGAUUAAGUAGUUUUUCCUGAGAUUGCACAAACAUUUAAACUAACGAGCAAAAAGAAAAUUGGUAGUGCAAUUGUAAAUGAUGAUGAUUUCGUUGUUUUUUCACAUUCGAUAUCGAUGCAAUAAUGUGAAAAUCGAGGAGAAAAUAAAACUUAC